AUGACUCCCCGUUCAACAUUAACUGGCCCAAUCCAAUCCCUCCUGGCCACCCUCGUAACCCCCAAUCCCAUCUCAACCAUCACCUCAACCUUCACCACCCAACCCGCCCCCAUUGCCCACGAACAUGGCCUCCAACAAUUAGCUCCCUUCCUCGGUCGUACCUUUACAGGUAUAGACGGCAUAUCCGAAUACUUUGACACCAUGAUCUCAACCCUCGAAAUCAAAUCCAUGAAAUUCGAACCCGAGUCCAAUUGGCUCGUCGACGAUACCAACAUGGCUGUCUGUCUGCGCGGAACAGCCACGUUCAUCUGGCGCGAGACAGGUCAGUCCUGGGAUGAGACCUUUGUUUAUCGAGUUGCACUUGCGAGGGAUACGAGUGAGGAUAAGGAUAAGCAGGGCCGGCUGUUGGUUUCUGAGUAUCAGGUUUGGGCAGAUACGGGAGCAGCAUAUCUUGCUAGAAUUGGUGGACUACCCACCUAG